UGAGACGCGCAAGCCCAGCUCUGUGGUUUAUAGAAGCAACUCCACACACCGCCAGUUCCCGCUUUUGCUGAUUGUUUUUUUUUGUUGUUUAAAAUGAUAUGGUUAUCACCGUAGACGCUUCUAACGUUUUUCUCUUUCGUUCGCUUUAGGAAUUAUCAGUAGAUUUUCAUCACGAUGGCAUUGCAUGCACUUGUACGUGAGGCGAACGAUGAGUAUGUAAUGGUGAAUGGGGAAUCAGAGCUCAUCUGAUUUCUCUCAUAUGUAGGCGUUUUACAGCGAUCGACGCGUGAUAGGCUACAGAUCUUGUCUGCUUUUCUUAUCAAAUAAUCAUAUACAUCGCUUGCUUCACCGGUUUGUUCGGUCACAUUGUACCGUAACAUGAAGCUUAAACAAUAGACAUUUUUGAGAAAAACAUACAAUUUGGAUAUGGAGUCCGUCAAGAUGAGAGCCAAAGAGGGGAUAAAGGAAUUUGGGGCGAAGACCCUGGGGCAGAUGUACAAGGUGAUGGAGAAGCGACAGGGAACUGGUGAAGUUAUCGAACUAACAGAGGACGGCAGGCCCUCUGAGGCCCAGGAGAAGAAAGCACCCCUGUGCGACUGCACGUGUUUUGGGCUGCCCCGCCGAUACAUCAUCGCAAUCAUGAGCGGUCUAGGCUUCUGUAUAUCCUUCGGGAUCCGAUGCAAUCUGGGCGUGGCCAUCGUGGGAAUGGUCAACAAUAGCACGAUUCACAAAGAUGGGAAGAUCAUCAUCACAGAGAAAGCGAAGUUCAACUGGGACCCAGAGACAGUCGGUAUGAUCCAUGGUUCGUUUUUCUGGGGCUAUAUAGUGACGCAGAUCCCGGGAGGGUACAUAUGCUCGAGAUUGGCAGCUAACAGGGUUUUCGGUCUAGCCAUUUUCCUUACCUCGACGCUCAAUAUGUUAAUCCCCUCCGCGGCACGGACCCAUUAUGGACUGGUCAUCUUUGUGAGGAUAUUGCAAGGGCUGGUGGAGGGAGUGACCUACCCAGCCUGCCAUGGGAUCUGGAGUAAGUGGGCUCCUCCUCUGGAGAGGAGUCGCCUGGCCACCACCUCCUUCUGUGGUUCCUAUGCUGGUGCUGUCAUUGCCAUGCCUCUAGCAGGGAUCCUGGUGCAGUACUCAGGCUGGUCCUCUGUGUUCUAUCUCUAUGGGUGCUUUGGGAUCUUCUGGUAUAUGUUCUGGAUCCUUGUGUCGUAUGAAAGUCCUGCUGUGCACCCUACCAUCACCCAGGAGGAACGAGUCUACAUAGAGGAGAGCAUCGGGGAGAGUGCCAAGCUCAUGGGGCCUGCUGAGAAAUUUAAGACCCCUUGGAAAAAGUUCUUCACCUCCAUGCCUGUCUAUGCAAUCAUAGUGGCCAACUUCUGCAGAAGCUGGACCUUCUACCUACUGCUUAUCAGUCAGCCGGCCUACUUUGAGGAGGUGUUUGGGUUUGAGUUAAGCAAGGUUGGCAUGGUGUCUGCCCUGCCCCACUUGGUGAUGACAAUCAUUGUGCCCAUUGGAGGGCAGUUGGCUGACUACCUACGGAGCAGGAACAUCCUGUCUACCACUACAGUUAGGAAGAUCAUGAACUGUGGAGGGUUUGGCAUGGAGGCUACGCUGCUGCUGGUAGUGGGAUUUUCCCACACAAAAGGGGUGGCUAUUUCCUUCCUGGUCCUUGCUGUGGGCUUCAGUGGAUUUGCCAUAUCAGGAUUCAACGUCAAUCACUUAGACAUUGCUCCACGCUAUGCCAGUAUCCUUAUGGGCAUAUCCAAUGGUGUGGGCACCCUGUCUGGCAUGGUAUGCCCAUUGAUCGUAGGUGCCAUGACAAAAAACAAGACUCGAGAAGAGUGGCAGUGGGUGUUCCUCAUCGCUGCUCUGGUUCACUACGGGGGAGUCAUCUUCUAUGGCAUCUUUGCCUCUGGAGAGAAGCAGCCGUGGGCCGACCCAGAGCUGACCAGCGAUGAGAAGUGUGGCUUCAUCGAUGAGGAUGAGCUGGCAGAGGAGACGGGCGACAUCACCCAGAGUUACGGUGCCCUGGGCGGCGGUCCGGCCAAAACGUAUGGUGCCACUACGCAGAACGGGGGCUGGGCUGACAGCUGGGAUAAGAAGGAGGAGUUUGUCCAGGAAGAGGCAGAGGGAGGGCCGUAUGGCUACAGGCAGGACCAGGACUACUCCUAGAGACAGCAGACACAAUGACCAUCAAACGGUAAACUUAUUUUGUAGUGUUUACCAGUUUAGACGAAACAAGUCAAAAACCAAACAAAAAAGAUAACAAUCCAUUGUUGUAUGUUUGCACAAAUUCAAAUCAUUAUUUCAAAAUAUAAAAUUAGUUCAAAACAGGAUUUUAUUGUGCAAAUAAAAAUAUUACUAUAGAGAUGUAACACAUAUCAAAUUGGCAGAUCUAUUUGUAAACGUAAUAUGCAUAUAAAUUAUAGAUAUAUUUAUUUGGAGUGCAAUUGUGUGUAAGUGUGAACCAUUUCCACCUCAUCAAUCUGAGCUUCUUCAUUCUGGAGAAGCCUGUUAUGUACGAUCAGACAAGAUUUAACUGGCUUCCUGGAUCAUCAUGCCUAACUGGUUCCUAUUCCAACUCCUCAUGAGCCAGCCUUUGCAGUGUAAAAGAAACAUGUCACUGUAAAAAGGGGACUUAACCAGGAAUGAGACUGUAUGUCUUAGGUUGUACAGUAUCUCUUCUGAAUGCACUGAAAGUAGUGUGUCCUUUUAAUGCACAAUAUCAUUUUCUUUUCUUAUUAUUAUUGGUUUGUAAAACUGUGUCUUUAACACAAAAAGGCAUAAAAAUACAAUAAUGUUUUGAAGAACGACAUAACACUUUCGCCAGCUGAUGUAAAAGUCUUAAGAUGCAUGAAAGAAAAACAAAUGACGAAGCGUUGCGUGUUUACUGUGCCAUUUUGAGAGCUUGGGACUAUACAGUUCUAUCUGCAUUUUCUUUCAAAAUGGAGUUAGUAACAUAGCCUUGUUCUGUUCAAUGUUCUCUACCUAUAUACCCCAAUUCAAGUUGAGUUAAGUUCAAAAGAAGCCAAUUAUCUCAGAAUCAUCUUCUUGCAGAUAGAACCUUAUAGUCCCAAGCUGUCUAUUUCAUGCCUAUAACAAUGUUACAUCUGUUGUUAAAAGUGUACGUUUGGAGGUUACAAACAUUCAUAACUCAGUUAUGUAAUUAUUAUGAUCAUUAUGUCAGUUUUAUUGUCUGGUCAAUUCAAAUCAUUUCAAGGCAUUUCAAUGAGCUGUGUUGUUGUUUAAAGGUAAAUGUUUGUCUGAGGUGACUAAAGAAAAAUAACUAUGAUGUAUAAGAGCACAUGGACAAUAUAACCAAAUGCUGCCCGGCACUAUCAAGGGCCUGUGCAAUGCAGAGAAAGACCAGCCAGCCGAUCCAGAAGUAGCCAAUCAGUAUAUCUACUGUACAGACAGUCCGUCAGCAGGAGAUAUGUUUUGCUAAUGAAAAGGAAACAUUUUUAGACUGGGAUAGUGACCCAGAUAGACAAUGUUGUUAAAGAAAACUAUACCUUACCAGUCCAGGAGGACAAUUAGCCAAGUUGGGGAUUGAGAUUCAUAUUACAUAUACUUGUAAAAACAUUGGAGCAUUACUGAAUAAAAAAACAUGACAGUAUUGCUGUUACUGCCUAUGUAAUUGUCACAUUGAACGUUUACCAUUCCUUAAAGAGUAGGUAGACAAUCAAAAGAGCAGCAAGACAUGAUUUAGCCAUUGUGUAUAGAGUGGGAAUGACCAGUGUAGAGAUACUGGGUUCCAGUCAAUGAUUUAUAUAUACACUAGAUGACUGACAGGGGCCUUGUUUAGAAACCGCCGCGCCUCCAUCUUGGCACUCCCCAACAUUGUAAAUAAAUAUUUUGGAAGCUAUAAAAAUGCAUUUACUAAUGUACACAUUUGUUUUUGCCAUGUUUAUUCUAUUACAGAAACAUUAAUGCAUACUGUUAAAUGAUAUUAUGUGAGCUAAACAUUCCAAAAAAUAAAUGUAAAAUGUUUUCCUUAAAAGUACAAGUUACUGUCCCAUUACAAAAAACAACAACACUUAAAUACAUGUAAUUUUGUCCUAUAAACAUUUAAUUGUAAUACUAUAGAAUUCCAUUAAUUCCAAUGGAGGACUGCUCCUACUGGGAAGUGCCAAUAUGGCUGACCGGUGGCUUCAAAGCCUCUCAUUGGCCAGUAGAUAGCAUCAGCAAUCGAGGGUUUAUAUACAUCAUUGGUUUCAGUAGCGUGUCAGGGACCUAAACCUGCUUUUCACUGUCUGUCUGUGGAGACCAAAAGUCAGCACUUCGCAAUGUAUUUAUGGAAAUGUAUUUAUGCAUGGAACAAAGCCGUAGUCUGAAUGUUCUUACUUUUUAUUUAUUUCACAAAAUGUAUUUUGUCUCUCAAACUGUUACUAAUGUGUCAAUUUCUUUGCACAAUUUACCAAAGGUAACGUGUCAAGCUGGGUUUGAACAGGAGGGCUAUAUACUAAAGGAAUUGCUGGACAUUGCAGUGAAGGCCUCUGUAGGCCUCUCCAGGUGGCGCUAACCAUACUCAGUGUACAAAGCAAUAAAUCCAUGGUAACAGUUGUUGUCAACCAUUGAAAAAUGUAAAACACUAGCAUAUGUAACUAGAGCGUUACUUUUACGUUUCAAGUCGUGUUUAUUGUGAUAUCAAAUAUAGAAAAGAACAAACACAAGUACUUGUAAAAAUAUAAAACCUAUGUAGUUAGAGUCCUCCACACAGCUCUUUGACAUGCUGAUAAUGCAGGGAGUUUGUGAGGGGACUGCUCACCAGAAGAGAAUGAUACCCUGGGCCAUUCCUGUGACAUGGAUGAUGUCCUUCUCCAUAUCUCUAUGGUUCCACUCCUGUUGGUGUCUGCGCAUCCGUUGUUGUUCUGUACAGUUUCCAGUGGUCGUUUUGGAGGGUGUGCUAUUGUUCAGUUUUUUCUCUCUCUCUAAACCCUGUUGGUUUGAUUGAUGUGUGUUCUGUCAGUGGCUGGACCCCUAUUGCCCCCUUAACCAUCUGUCUCUAACCACCUAAACCCCUUUCAUUGUUGCAAUAUUCAAUGAAGUGAAGAUUGUCUGUAAAGGUGAUCUAACAUUUACAGAAAUGGUAGAUGUAAAA